CAUGCAUCAUCAUCGCUUGAAGGAUCAAACACUAUGCCCAUGGAUCUUCUUGAACUAUAUUAGAGGUAUCUUUGUCUUUCUCCUCCAUCAGACGGAGAUGAUUGGUCAAGAAAGUCGUGAUGUGCUGUCUAUCUUCUGCUGCAUCUCCAUUGAAGGAUCCUCUAUUGGACUAUAUAUACAUACAUACAUCUAUGUUCUUUUAUAUGAUGUUACCCUUACCCCGGUUUGUCCUCCAUUAAUUAUACUGGACAACAUGGCAGAAUUAAGACCUAUUGUUUGA